GGCACGGAAAAGAAACAGCAUAUGUCAUUUUUAAUAGAUUCACAGUGUAAUUUGAUAAAAUGAGGUGGCUUAUUUCUUGCUUAGGUCUAAUUGUUUUGAGCAGAAGUGCAAUCUGCUAUUUCAUCACGGUGGAUGCACAUGCCGAAGAAUGUUUCUUCGACAGAGUAGAAGCAGGGAUGAAAAUGGGUCUCACAUUUGAAAUAGCAGAAGGCGGAUUUUUAGAUAUAGAUGUAAAAAUAGUUGGUCCCGAUCAAAAGGUAAUCUAUCAGGGUGAUCAAGAAAGCAGUGGUAAAUAUACAUUUGCUGCGCAUCUUUCUGGUGUUUACACAUAUUGCUUUAGUAAUCAAAAAAGUAGUAUGACACCAAAAGUUGUAAUGUUUAAUAUGGAUAUUGGUGAGACACAAAGACCUGUAGAACAUACGUCAGAUGGUAAGAAUGCCGAUGACACAAAUCAUAGUAAAAUAGAUGAUAUGAUUAAAGAAUUGAGUACGAGUUUAUGGGGAGUGAAAAAUGAGCAAGAAUAUAUGCAGGUACGAGAUCGAAAUCAUAGAGCUAUCAAUGAAAACACCAACUUCCUUGUAGGUAUGUGGGCUUUCUUCGAGGCAAUGGUUUUGGUUUGUAUGACGGUAGGGCAAAUUUUCUACCUAAAACGGUUCUUUGAAGUUAGAAGAGUUAUCUAA